AUGUUGAUUGGAGCAGUUGGUCACUGGUGGGAAUCUGUUUCACGUACAAGGACGGAAGAGCAGCAACGUAAUCUAACUUGGGAGCAGUUUAAAGAUGAAGUGAUGGCAAAAUAUUUCCCACAGGCUUUGAGAGACUUCAAGGAAUCAGAAUUUUUACAGCUCAGACAAGGGAGUAUGUCACUUACUGAUUAUGAAAGACAGUUUGAGCAGCUCUCAAGGUAUGCCCCGCACUUGGUGGAUACAGAAGUUAAGCAGAUUAGGAGGUUCGAGAAUGGACUGCGCCCUGAGAUCGGCAUGAUCAUUAUGUCCCAUCGUUUCACCUCAUAUCGUGAAAUGUUGGAGAGGGCUCAUGCUAUUUCAUAUCAGAGGACCUCAUUUGAACAGUAUGCCCAGCAGAGUAAGGAGUCAUCGGGAAAAAGAAAGUGGAAUGAUCCAAACAAGGACAGACGUAAUUGGCAGAGUAAAAGGCCAAACACAGGAGUUCGUAUUGGUGGAGCGAAGCCACCAAAAAGGAAGGAUGAUGAUCAGGACAAGAACAAGAAAGGAAAGGCCCGAGUUUUCGCACUAAAUCAGCAUGAGGUGGAGCAGGAUCCGAAUGUGAUAGCAG